AAAAGGGGAAAAAAGAUGGAUUGGACCGUUGGCUAUGGCAUGUGCACACAAAGAGUCAAAGACUAACUUGUUGAUUAAAUGAAUGCAAAAUCCCCUAAAAUAACUAACUAAAUCACACACACACACUUGAAUCUUGAUAGAGAAGAAUGGCGAUCGAUCCUUCAUUGGUAACUGAGAUGGGAGCUGAUGGUCUUGUUCGCGAAUCCCCUAUCAUCGCCCACACCGAGCGAAUGAUUGAACAAGAGCAAGAUCAAUUAAGAAAAUAUAUUGAAGAGAAUUACUCCAAAAUUCGUGAUGUCGAGCGUGAGCUAUCAAGUCUCAACAUGGAGAUGAAACUCACAGCUGGGCCAAAGAAAGCUGCACUUGAACAUAUGAGGAAGAAAAUUGAAUUAUCAACUGAGAGGAUUCGUCUUGCUAAGUUGAAGGAAGAAGAAGCUAAAAAGGCUUGGGAAGCUGCAUCAAAAGCAGUUAAGGACGAGGAGGCACUCAAGCAGAAACUAUGCGAAGAUUUGAAUAAUUUGGUCCAAGAGAGCAGUACCUCUCAGUUUGCUAGAUUAGAGGAACUAAAAAGGCGACUAGAGGCUUUGAAUCCAAGAAGAUCAUCUGCAUUUACAGCAACUGCUGAGAGUCCACUGCUACCGGCAUCGACCACCACAAUUCCUGAUGUAUCAGUUUCUAAUACUGUGGAACCACCUAAUGAACCAUCUAAGAGUGUUCCGAAUCAGAGUGGUGUGGACAAUCAUAAUAAUCAGAAGACAACUGGACAUGUAGAUGGAAGCGGAAAAAAGAAAAAUGCAACACAAGGAAGAGGUAGAGGAAUCGGAGCAGUACCCAAGAGUAGAGGAUCUAGUUGGACUGGUGCUGGGUUUGACUAAGAUGGAUACCCUUCCAUUAAAUUUCCCAGAAUACAAUUUCACAGAUUACUUAUGUUUCUUCCAGGUAUAUAGCUUAGUUCAUCUCUCUUUCAGUAAUUUGUCAUCCAAGGUGUUGUAUGUUCCAACAAUCCAUGAAGUUGUCAUGCAUAAAUAGGGAUGCGAGUUAGAUACAUUUUUUUGAGAUAUUGUUUCACUUAGAUUAGUAAAAGAACAUUACCGCUUUCAUUAGGUAAAAGAUAGGAUUAUUCGAGGUCUCAUAUUUAUCAAAUGUCAUUAUUUCAUAUACCAUAUGGGCUACUCGCGAA